AAAGCUGUACUCUUCCUCCGGAGGAAGUUCUUGAGUAGAUUCGAUGUUGUCGGAUAUCGCGGCAGCAUAGCUCUUCCAAUCGAUAUUUCGUGUGAGGUCAUACGAAAUAUUGAUUGUUUCCAAUGGCCUUGAGCCGUUAUUGAUUGAGACUAUGAUCGGCAGAUGGUCGCUACCGUGGGGAUCAGGGACGCGCAUUCUAACUUUAGCGAGGUCGAGCAAAGGGAUAAAUCUAAUGCGCUUGGGCGCGCUGGUGGGGGAGGAAUCCGUGUCAUUUCACCCGUGUUUAGAAUUGUCAUGUUGAAGUUGUCGCAAAUAUUGUGAAUUAAAGAGGAACGGUUAUUAUCAUAAAGGCAACCCCAUUCCGUACCGUGAGAGUUAAAGUCGCCUAAAACUAGUCGCGGUGCAGGCAGGGAUUCUAUGAUGUCAUGUAGCCGGCGAUGCCCAAUCGCGGUGUUGGGGGGAAUAUAUAUGGAAGCUAUGCAAAGAUCUUUGCCUUUGGUUGUUACUUGACAAGCGACAACUUCAAUACCUGUUAUCGAGGGAAGGUUAAUUCUGUAGAAGGAAUAGCGCUUUUUGAUCCACAAAAGCACUCCUCCAUAGGGGGUGUCUCGAUCCAGGCGAAUAAUAUUAAAGUCGUGGAAGUUGAGAUCUAUAUCGGAAGUUAACCAAGUUUCACAUAAUGCAAAUGCAUCGCAACUCAAAUUAUUUAUUAAAAUUUUGAAGGAAUCGAUUUUCGGGAUGAUACUUCUGCAAUUCCACUGUAGAAUAGUGAUCAAAUCCAUGACCUCGUUCGAUGAGUUAGCCAUCGAAGGAUACAAUCGCUGAAAGGAGGGGCCAUUUAGCAGUCAACUGCUUCAAAAAUGUUCUUACUGUAGGGAGAAAAGCUAACAUAAGACUUUUAAUAGGAUCAGUUAUAUCGAAAGUUUUUAUUAUCCAGUCCACAAUGUCCGAGAGCUUGAUAAUUCCAGUGCCGCGAUUAUUCUCGAACUGAAACAGAGGAACACUUGGGAUUUUUGAUGUUCCGGGAAGUGCUGGGAACUCCUUCUCUGAGUUUAAUCCUCCGAGACCAGGAGCUAAUUGCUUCGGUUUGGUUGCAACACUUCCAAUAGAUGUGACUUUCGGAGUCCCGUCAAGGGAUACCUUCUGGCCUUUACAACGAACUUUAGGAGAGGAAAUGUUCCUCCUCUUCCUAUAACUUCUAGGCGCCCUAGUAGAUGUUCCCUCUUGUGGGUCAUCAGCCUCGCCCUCGUUAGGAGGCAAGUGAGCAUAGAUGUUUGUUGAGGUUGGUGGUGUAGCUUUCUUUAGCAUUUCUGCGAAAGAACGUUCGGAUCGUCCCGCAAGGGAACGUUUUAGUUUAUCCCCGCGUAGUUUGUACGCGGGACAUGCCGAGAUAUCAUGCAGAUUCUCUGCACAGUAAGCACACUUCUCAGCAUUCUUACUGCACGAAUCAUCUAGAUGAUUCUCCCCGCAUUUUCCACAGCGGGCCUUAUUGCUACAAUGGGUGGCUGUGUGACCCAAUUGUUUACACUUUGUGCAAUUCAUUACCCGCGGCACAAACAGACGCACAGGCAGACGAACCUUGUGCAAGAGGACGUAAUUUGGCAAAGCGGUACCAGCGAAGGUCAACCGAUAAGAGUUUGAUUGGGGGUACGUUUUUGAACCAUCCCCCGCAACUACUACUGAGUGCAAACGCUUGCACUCGAGUAUUUUCACUGGCUGAAGUAUGCGGUCUCUAAAACGGCCAACCCCGUACUGCAGCAGAUCCUCGCAUGUCAAACUGUCAUCGGUGACAACGCCUUUAGACUGUACUUUUACAGCUGGAAUAUACACGUGAUAGUCCUUCGUAAAGUGCUCGCAGCAAGCAAUAUCGUUUGCCUGCUUUGAGUUAGUCAGCACGACCCUCAGCCUGUCUGAGCGGACCUUUUUUAUUUCGGUCACAGCCGAGAACCGUUCCGUCAGGUCUUUUGAAAUCUGUAAUAGAUUCAGCGAUUUUGUUUUGGGCCGAAAGAAGACCACAAAGGGACCGGUCGAGAGCUCUGGAUAUUGUUUGGGUCGGGGGAGGUUAGGAGUCGACUCGAUCUCCAUUUGGCCAUCCGGGGAGGAAGCCAUCGACACCGUCAACGCACGGGGUCAGCACCCGCGCAGACGGGAAAAAGCCGUAAAUGUAUCAAAAAGGUGGAUUUCACUUAUCUGUAUACUCGUUUCCCACGACGCACCAGUCCAGCUUAAAUAGCUGGUUAUUGUUCAAUCCUCGCUUUACGAACAAAAGGUUGAGGAAUGUGGCCUAACGGUUAACACACGCACAAAAGAAAUAAAAGUCCAAACCUCGAAGAGGCAAAGAAUGGCAAAAUAACCUUGAACGCGGAUUACUGCACUGUUCUUUUUUCAACAGACCGAAUACAAAACACUUCUAUCUCGAUCGAGCGAUGCGUAGAGACUGAUGAUCGGUUACCUGGUCUUUACCACAGUGUUUCUCAUAUCCAACUCGGAAAGUAGAAAUAGGUAUAACUGUAUCAGAGGUACGAUUUCUCGUUAAGCGACCUCGUGCUGGAACGUUUACAACUUUAUUUGUACACGAGAAUUAUGAAUACGAUUCGUUAGAGUUCAACAAAUGUUUAUGACAACAUUUUUUUCUUCACAGAUUUGAAGUGCUUCAAUUCGAAAUUGUUUAAACGUAUGACAUUUCUGAAGUCUUUAUUUGCUUUUGUAACGAGUUUAAGCACGAUUCAGUUACUUUUCAGAUAUUUCAAACUUUGUUUUUAAGUUAACGAACUCACGUGUGUGAUAAUUUUAUUUAAGUAAACGAUGGACCCUAAAAAGACAACGAACGGAGACUCGAGUGACUGGCGGUAUUCCUGUGUGGACAAUAAAUCCCGCCUGAAGUACAUGUGCGAAACAGGAACGAUGUCUGACUGUGAGUUUCUGGUUGGCAAAGGAUCGGAAGGACAGAAGGUCAAGGCUCACAAAUUUGUCCUCGCGAUGGUGUCUCCUGUUUUCGAUACGAUGUUUUAUGGAGCACUUUCCACGAAAAACGACGAGCCGAUACGUGUUUCGGACAUCGAUUUGCACGAGUUCAAAAAGUUGAUGACGUAUAUUUAUAUGGAUCAUCUUGGAAUAGCUUCGGUAUCUGAGGCAAUGAAUCUUUAUUACGCAGCUAAAAAAUACAUGCUACCGAGAGCUGUUGCAGAAUGCAUUACUUAUUUGCAAAGUAAUCAAGUAGUAGACAGUGUUUGUCAAGUGUACGAAUUCGCCAAAUUUUAUGAUGAAUCUAAACUGAUGAGUAUCUGUCUUACUAUCAUGUGUGAUCAAACAAGUACUGUAAUAACUGGAAGUGGUUUCCUUGAUGCCGACCUCAGUACAAUAAUAACCAUAUUAAAUCAGAAUGAUUUAACUAUCGACUCUGAGCUAGAUCUCUUCAAAGCUAUCAAACGGUAUGCACAUAAACAUGGUCUAUCACGUGCAAUUGAAUCCCAGCAGCAUCCUGAGCCAAAGAAGGUUGCGGUUGACUCUCAGGGUUACAAAAAUCCGCAUAAAGACCAAUCCACCAUUCUUGACGCUCUACAUCGUAUCCGAUUCCAAAUUAUUAAACCAUCUCAAUUAGCACCAGAGCUCAUUGGAACGGAGCUUUUAACAAAAUCUGAAGUUUUGGAGAUUCUUUUGUGUUCUUCAAUGCAAGAAGGCGGACAACAAUACACUGUGCCUAAAGGAUUUUCGUCUAGCUCUGAGCCGAGAAUUAAAAAAAAGUUGUGCCAAUAUUGCAAGCGUAAACUACAAUGUAAUAAGAUGUAUUGUAGUUAUUGUGGGCAUUACCGUUAUUAGACAAAAUGUUAUUUUUGUUCAACUACAGAUUUUCCUUUUGUAAUGCAAACAAUAAAAUCAUAAUUUUACGAGAUAUUAUAUGCAUCGAACAGAAAACACGCUUUAAGGUACAUUUAUACGGAUCAACUGGCCAUAGCUGCGGUUUCUGAGGCAAUCAAUCUUUAUUACGCUGCUAAGAAAUAUAUGUUGCCAGGUGUUGUUGCUCAGUGCAUUGAAUAUUUGGAAUCUCAUCAAGCCGCUGUCAGCGUUUGCCAGGUCUACGAAUUCGCCAAAUUUUAUGAAGAAUCGAAACUGAUGAGUAUCUGCCUGGGAACCAUGUGUAAAAACACGAAUGCUAUGAUCGUCACCAAUGGAUUUCUUGAUGCCGACCUCAGUACAAUAAUCACCAUAUUGGAUCAGACUUCUUUAACUGUCAACUCUGAGUUAGAUCUCUUUCGAGCCGUCAAGCGGUAUGCUGAACGGAAUCGUCUAUCGCGUCCAAAUCAGUCCGAGGAGCAUCCUCCGCCAAAGAAGGUUAAGGUUGAUUCUGAUAACGACGAAAAUCUCAAACGAGCCGGCCCAACCAUUCUUGACGCUCUACACCGUAUCCGAUUCCGUGCUAUUAAGCCAUCCGUACUAGCUCCAGAGCUCGUUGGUUUCGAGCUUCUAACAAAAUCUGAAGCUUUCGAGAUUCUAAUGUGUUCUUCAAUGCAAGAAUCUGGCAAGCAGUAUGAUAUGCCCGAAGGAUUUUCUUCUGAUCCCAACCCGAGAAUUGGUUUAAAACCACAAUGCAAUAAAGCACCUGGAUAUUGCUACUGUUAUACUUGUGAAAAUGCUCAUUAUUAAAUGUAAUAAUUUUUUUUUCACUCCAGAUUUUCUCGUGUGCUGAGUUUAUUUCUAACAUAAACCGAAGGAAUUUUACAUUUUACGAAACAUAAUAUCUAUCGACCAGUGUUUUUCUUCAAGUAUACCACAUUCCAUCGAUUAUUGUUGGCCAUACGCCUUGCUCAUGCAACAUUUUAAAAGUAAUAAUGAACAGUUUGUUUUCGUAUCCUUCAGGAAUUUACAGCAAAUAGUUGUCGAAAUACGUUAAUUUCUUUUGAUUCACAAUGUGGUAGCGAAAGAAGUGUGGGUGCGUGUCCGUUUUUUUUCAAAAAAGCGCUGAGAAUGCAGGAAAAAAAUGUACAAAACCCUACUCAGCGAAUGGGUUUGGGCUUGCCAUCAACCGACCCGCUAAAAACCACUGCUCUACAUAGCACUCACUCCAUUUCAACUACUUUGAAUUUAGUUUCUUCGGUAGGGUUACAGCACUACUCGACACACCACUAGUUCAUCAGUGCUCUUCCCCUACGAAGACAAUCUGGGCGGCACUUCAGAUUGUCUAAUUUACCGAUCCCUUCGGCUCGCUUGUGCCAUUCAGCACCGCAAAU